AUGCCGAUAUCGAUGCACAGCACUCCACUCUCUACAAUGCAAUGUUCCAACUACAUCUCGUCAAAAAUAAAGAAUUCGCAUCGCAGCGUUGUUUACAUCGGCGGCGCGGCGCGCGGGGUCAGUGAGCGCGCGCUGCGGCCGGCGAUGCACGCCGCCGCAUUAGUCCUCGGCCAGCCGCGAGGAGACAUGAGCGAGCGGUCCGCUCUGGCCGCCAGCCGCUGCCCGAGCCGCCCGGCGCCGCGCGCGCAGCCGCCGCCGCCCGCCAUGGAGCAGCCCGCCACGCCGCCGCCGCGCCCCAAGCCUACCCCUAAACCGGAUAACCCCCGGGAGCUGCGCAACAAGGCGGAGAAGCAGCGGCGCGACACGAUGAAUCAGUCCGUGUCGCGCCUGGCCGCCAUCGUGCCGCCGGUCGCCACGGCCACCAAGAAAGUGGACAAGACCAGCGUCCUGCGCCUCACCGCGCACUACCUACGCGCCCACAAGCACGUAUUCGGAAAAAGUAUAAACCGCGGGGCGAGAUUCAGCGCGGGCUUCACGCGCUCGUUCCUGCGCAGCGUGAAGGGGUUCGUGCUGACCGCCACCUACAAGGGCCUGGUGGUGGUGGUCUCCCCCAACGUGCAGGAGUUCCUGGGCUACACGGAGUUGGAGCUGUUGGGCCAGAGCCUGUACAGCAUCGUGCACCCCGAAGACUACCUGCUGCUGAAGGAGCAGCUGUUCCCGCGCUGCUGCCGCUUCACCUCCAACGGUGAGCUGUUCCUGUCCAGGGAGCCUGACGCUGAGAAGAAGGCUGCCGAGGCUUUGAAGCAUGAGAAACGAGCCUUUAUAGUCAGGUUCAAGAAGUUGUCACAUGUGCGCUCUGAGCCGGUGAAGUUCCUCACGUGUCACGUGGAGGGCUCGUUCCGCAAGUCCGACGACGCGGGGGUGUACGUCAACAACAGCGUACAGACCGGCCGCCGCGUGCGCUCCCGGGGAAACAACCCUUACGCCAGUGGAAAUGACAUCGUGUUCGUGGGCGUGGUCCGGCCGAUCACGGAGACGUUUGCGACGGAGAGCCGGCUGGAGAGCUUUCGGAUGGAGUACCGUACGCGCCACUCCAUCGACGGCAGCAUCAUCCAGUGCGAGCAGCGCAUCUCACUCAUCACGGGCUACAUGAUCCACGAGGUGCACGGCGUCAACGCCAUGAACUUCAUGCAUCGCGACGACGUGCGUUGGGUAGUCGUCGCGCUGAGAGAAAUGUACGUUAACCAUCACCUGAUGGGCGAGUCGUGUUACCGGCUCAUGACGAAGAACGGCGAGUUCAUCCACAUGCGGACCAGCGGCGCGCUGGAGGUGGACCCCGCGUCGAAGGAGGCUUCCAGCUUCGUGUGCACCAACACCGUGGUCCCCGAGCAAGAGGGCUUGCAGCUCAUCAAGGAGAUGAAGCAAAAGUUCUCCUUCAAGAUUCAAAACGAAGACGAGGAUGACAUUAUCACUAGGAACCCACAGGUGGAUGAGAAUCAGUGUCUGCCCGUGGAGGACCCUCGACAGCUGGAGCAAGUGAUCUACAACCUCGUCACGGACUUGCCCUCGCCGCUCUCGCUGGAGAAUGUUCCCAAACAAAGCGAGGCUUCAGGUCUAGACCUAGCCAUUAUACCGCCAAAAAGAGAGCAGAUAAAAAAAGCUAUAGAAAAGAGCUACACCGUCAUUAAAACUCUUCGACAUUCCGAAACAAAAAGUCAAACCGAAAAUAUGAAUAAAGACCAUUCACCACCCAGCUCAGCGCAGAGCUCGCCUGAAGUGACUUCGACCACGUCUGAAAUGUUGGAAACUCACUUCGAAGCUAUGGAGCAACAAAUCUUCCAAGAGAUAAACGGAAAUACCGAGGUUCCUGGACACCGACCGACAAACUGGGAUCAGGAUUACUCGUGGCUUUACACACCUUCCUCGUCCGGCUACAACCCAGCCGACCACUCGGACCACGAGGAACAGAAUAUGAAUAUCUACGGAGACGCUGGCCUACAGUACACCCCACUGUACGACUACAAUGCGGCAGCACGCUCAUACGACCCCGAUGCGGCUCACGAUGGCGCCAGCACUUCCCAGCAUCUCUCCGUGUACACCUCGUUCGAUUUUCAGACGGAAAUGGCCGAGUAUACUAAUACGAGUAUCUCACGAGACAACUCCGUGAAAAAGAAAAGUACCGAGGUUUUCAAAAGCCGUCACUCGACCACGACGCUGCAGCUGAAUAUGUCCAAAAAAUCUGAACCUGGAAACUAUGGCGAGAUGCCUAGAAAUUACCAUUUGCGCAGGCCGCCUCCCCUCACCGAUGUGAUGCCUAUGGACUUCGCUACCAACUUGGAAAAUGGCAGCGACUUGUGGUCGCCGGCCCUACCGCGCUUCGAAGGACUCCCAGAGGACUCUUCGUCGACCUUCGUGCAAACCGACAACUUCUCGUAUCUAAGCAUGGACAGAAGCGUUGAAACAAACAUACCAGAUUUCGACCUAUCCCCGACGAUGGACUGCCUCAUAUGUGGAUCGUUUUUUGACGAGGAGCAAGUUCUCGCGCAGGCCGAGGGAGCCCCGCACGCUAUCGAUGACACUAGCAUUGAUGAAAUCGUACGAGCUGCGGAAGCAGAACACUUUGAAAUGUUCCCUGACUUCGACCAAGAAACUGAUUUUUUGCUGCUCCCCGAGUUCACAGCAAGGGAGGAGAUGGAGCUGACGGUGUGUGACGUCACAGAGCAGAACGCCGCGCAGGCGGCCGCGGAGGACGACCCCUAUGAGUUCCGAGCGGAAGACAAUAUGCCUAUAUAGAGGUACGUACCUCUUCGGAGGACAACCACUCCCAAAGAGGGGAAUUAAUAGACUUUGUCUCCCUCCGACAAUGCUCGCGCGCCACUAGCCCCUGCGUCAUGCAUUCGGCCUAAUUGUAAUAUUUUGUUUCAAUUACUUCUGCAUGUGUACUUAGCUUCUAAAGGUGCCCACGCACUCGAACGGCACUGCCGCGCGUCGCGGCUGAAGAGAAUAUCGUGCAGUGCACUGUCGCGACG